AUGUCCCAUAUACUUCUAAAGAGCGGCACUGUGCUAAUUCACAAUGAAUCUGACGAGGUCACUGUCCGGCUGGCUGAUGUGUUGAUCAAAGACGACCUCAUACAUUCAAUCGAAGAUCAUAUCGAGGCGCCCGAAAAUGCGACGAUCAUCGACUGCCACGGAGGGAUCGUGUCGCCAGGAUUUAUCGACACCCACAAGCACAUGUGGCAGUCGCAGCUGAAAGGGACCCAUUCGGAUCAGAUUCUGUUCGACUACUACCACUCCGGCAACCUAGCAAGCUCGCAUUACGAACCCGAGGAUGUCUUUUGGGGAGUCCUGAGCAGUGCCGCGGAGUCGGUUGACGGCGGCACAACGACGGUAGUCGAUCAUGCGCAUAUGAACUACUCGGCUGAUCACAGCAAGGAGGCUAUCCGUGCAACUGUGGGAUCGGGCAUUCGGUCCGUCUUCUGCUACUGUGCCCAGCCUCGCGUGACUAGCUGGCAGCCCGAGUUGAAGGUGGACAGCAACCCCGUCCCCGGCUGGGUGAUGGAGACCUUCCGAGAAUUGGCCGCGAAGCAGCCCUUUGGUCCCAGAGGCAGGGUCCGGCUGGGUUUCGCCAUGGACACCAUGUUUGUGCCGGAGCAGGUCUUGCAGGACACCUUUGCCGAGGCGCGCAAGCACGGGGCUCAUCUGAUCACCUCGCACGCCACCAAGGUGGGCAUGUUUGAUGCGCCAUCCACCCUCGCCGUCUUGGAAAAGGGCAGGUUGCUAGGCCCCGACAUUCUGCUCUCCCACGCCAAUGCAACAUCGGGAGAAGAAUUGGCCCAUCUGGAGAAGACCGGGGUGCACCUGUCCAGCACACCACUGUCGGAGAUGCAGAUGGGGCACGGGCACCCGGUGUGUCUGCACCCCGAGUUCCAGCCGCUAGCCUCGCUCGGCACCGACUCGAACAGCAUAUGUACCUCGUACAUCCCCGCGCAGAUGCAGAUCGUGCUGCAAGCCACGCGCUCGCGGCGGACUGAGGAGCAGAUGAGGAACGGGAACAGCGAUGCCACCAUCGGCCCAACCGUCAACAACGUCUACAACCUCGGGACCAUCCUCGGGGCGCGGGCCAUCGGCCUCGAGCGCGAGAUCGGCAGCAUCGCCGUGGGCAAGAAAGCCGACAUUGUAGUGUUCCAAGGCCGGAGCCCCGCCAUGCUCGCCGUCUCGGAGCGGGACCCGGUGGCCAGCAUUGUCCUCUUCAGCUCCGUGGCGGACGUCCAGACCGUCAUUAUCGACGGUGCCAUUCGGAAGAACAACUUCUCGUUACGCCCCUUGUCUGUCCCCAAGGACCUUGAAGGGGCAGGGGACGACCCCGCUGCUGGAUCGACGUUGCUCGAAUGGACUGAUGUGGUGGCGGAGGUCUCCCGAAGCUCUAAGAAGAUAGAGGAGGGCAGAGCGAAGGCGGGUGAUCAAGAUGCGGCAAGGGAUGGGCUCAUCAAAUACUUUCUUGGAGCAAUGGUAGAGGCAGGGCUUAUGAAAUGA